UCCGUAGGUGGUAGAUGGUCUCUGACUGUCAAACGCGGAGGUACCACCCGGCGGUUCUCGUAGGCGGAGCCAGAAUGUGUGCAUGUUGCAUCCACACGUGUUCCCUCGCCAGAGUCCCCCCCUUUCCCAUGUAUCCCCCUAUAGCCCCAAGGUACCCAAUGGGUGCUUAGGCCUCAGGCCUUCGUGGUAGUUGGAAUAUAAAAAAAAAUCUCGAAAGUCACAGCUUGAUUAGCGACAGGCAG